AUGGCACAAGAAAACAGUGAUUCACGUCAACAAGUAGAAGAGCAAUUGAAUGACUUACUACAAAAAUUAUUUGAACUGAGUGUGAUUGUAUAUGAUUUCCAACCUGAUGGCAAUAAACUUGUUUGGAAAAAGAUUAUCAUUGAACAUUACAAAGAAAUUGAACAACUUAAAGACGGGAUAGACGUGUUUGUUCCUGAAGAAGUGAUAAACUUUGUAGAACAUGGCAAGAAUCCAGAGAUAUUUACGCAGGGUUUUGUUGAACGAACAGCGACAGAGAACCAGUUUACUAAUGGCAAGGUUGCAGCAGUUAAAGAAUUUAAAGACUUGUUGUCAGAAGAAUUCACUAAAUCCUUUCCAGAUCUUUACGAUAAUGCAGACAAUAUGCUCAAUACAGAACAAUAG